CACCCACCCACCCACCCCGCAAACAAGUCGUCUCGGUCUCGGCCUCCUUUCCUCAUCUCCGGCCGCAUCUCUCUCUUCUCUUCUUCUCGCCUGUUGCCUGUCCCUGUGCUCGCCACACGCGGCACAACCCCCCACCCAGCCAGCCAGGACAAGAAGAUCUCCGUCGCCUGCUCUUCGCUUCCGCUUCGAAUCGGAGGUCAACUAGCCGGUGGUCUCCAUAUGGAUUCAGCAUUUAGAAGAGCUCUCAAUGAGCCUAUGUGCUUGGAAGAAACUGUCGUCCAACAAGGAAUUGAAAGAUGCCCAUUCCUGAGGAACAUCAAUGAGCCUACAAGUUUUUCCUUCUCGUCUGUCAACUUCCCUGUUCCGGCAAGAGGAGCCAAGGGACCAAUUUUCGAAGAUGGACCUAAUUUUGACAUGGCAUUUCGAGUUUUCCAUGGUAGAGAUGGUGUUGUCCCACUUUCAGAAGGAUCAUUGGCCCAGAUUGAGAAGCCACUGCCAAAGCCCAAUCCUGAGUUCAACCCAUUGGCGGCCAAAGCUGCAACCAUCAGUCUAUCUGCAUUUGGAGGGUUUUUCAGCUUUGGUGACUUCUCAAAUAAGCACAAUAAGAAAAACUCCAACAAAAAGAACCCCAACAACCUCCCCCAGAAUAAAGGCCAGUCUAAGUCUAACAAUCAUGAAGCACUGAGUAACGAGUGGCUGGAAACGGGCCAAUGUCCACUUGCAAGGUCUUAUAGGGCAUUAAGCGGUGUUGUGCCACUUGUAGCAAAGAUGAUGACACCCCCAGCUGGUAUGAAACUGAAGUGCCCACCUGCAGUGGUUGCUGCCCGAGCAGCAAUAUCCCGCACAGCAUUUGCAAAGGGCCUUCGUCCUCAGCCCCUGCCAACAAAAGUACUGGUGAUCGCAUUGCUUGGUAUGGCAGUAAAUGUUCCUCUCGGCAUCUGGAGGGAGCACACACAGAAGUUUUCACCGCAGUGGUUUGCUGCAGUGCAUGCAGCAGUGCCUUUCAUAGGGAUGCUCAGGAAGUCUGUGCUGAUGCCGAAGGCAGCCAUGGCCCUUACUAUAGCUGCCUCAAUACUGGGUCAGACAAUCGGGUCAAGAGCUGAACGUAUCAGAUUGAAGAGGACCGCGGCAGCAAAAUUAGCAAGAGAGGGCCAUGAUGCUGCUGCUGACUGCAUCAAAGCACCAAUGAGUGUGAAAAGCGGGAACCAUUCGCUCAGAGUUGAAAGCACUGUGGUUGCAGGUGCCCCAGCAGUUCUUGUCCCUGCCGUUGCUGCUUUCAAUUGAUGAUGACAGGAAUGGCUUAUUCCGAUUAUAUCAGCAUCGCUGAUUGUAUUGUUGUAUUAAUUACUGUACCUUUGAGUUUAAGAAAGAAAUACUUGUUACGUCAAACUUUUCAUUCCGUUUUGGAGGCACAUGGCAGUGAAUAAAUUCGAGAACAUUUUCAGAGCUGAAAA